GUUCAGAGAACACUCGAAUAAACUGGGCGCCUUAAUGUUUAUAAAGGUGACUGUAGAUGCCAGCACAAUGUGCAACAAGUAUCAAAACAUAUGAAAGAAAGUAAAAAUACUGGAUGCCCUGCAGUUCUUAAAAUUACUAUUCAAAGGUAUUUUUCACUACCAAAAUACAAAGAACUACUCCCAAAAGUUAUAGAGUUUCCUGCAUUAUGCGAGUUUCUGUACUCUCAUAAUCAUUUGCUUGAUAGUGCUGCUGUUAAAAAGUUCAGACCAUUAUCAAAACUAACGCGAAAGUGUCUGAUAGAGUUGUUUGAAUUAGGGCAUACAGCAGCUACUGCAAGACCAAUGUUGCAAAUGGAAUUAGAACUUCAGAGUAAGGAAGAUUAUGAAGAAGCAUGCAUGGACAGUUCUAAGCUACCUUCAUUAUCUGUCAUAAAUCACUUGCUAAAUAAUGAAUUUAGGAAAAUCUAUGGAUCACGAAAAGAAAGCAAUAUCAUCAGAGAAAUUGAAAAAUAUAUUUCCUCUCAUAAUCAACAGCCAUUCUGCAAAACUGCUUUUUCAAAAGAAAAGAACAGUUUGGUGAUUGCUGUAGUGAUUCUGAUAAUGAAACGAAGCAUAGAUUUACUUAGCAGUGUUCAAGAAUUGACAAUGGUUGAUGCAUUUGGCCACAUGGACAGAUUAAAUCAUCGUGUUUACUUUUUUAUUUCUCCAGGUGUAGUUGGUGGAAUACCUAUUGGAUGCAUGAUCACAAAUGCAGAAGUAACUAAUGUUUUUCAUGAAGGAGUGAAACUUCUUUGUGAAUGUUUCCCUGAGAAAUGUUGUUUAUUGUAAAAUGGGCCACUGAUUGUAAUGACAAAUGAUGAUCUUAAAGAAAGAGAAGUUCUGAGUGAAAUAUGGCCUAAUUCCACUUACUUAUUCUGUCAGUUUCAUGUGCUGAAAGCAGAGUGGCGAUGGCUUAUGAACAGUGAAGAGCAUUGUCAAAAACUAUAUUUUUCUUUUAAAGCAUUGAUGUAUGUAGAAACUGAAAUGCAGCUGAAAGAGUUGCUUCAAAAAUGUUGCCGCAUUGAAGAAAGACCGUCGAAUCUCCAUGGCCGAAUGAUCAUGACACUGGUCUCAUAAUCAAGAGACCGUGGGUUCUGAGUUGAGUUAAUAAAUUGGUUUAGCUCUACUUCUUGUGUGUGUCAUUGAGUUCCGCACUAGAGUAUCUACGUGACAUUCUUUGGUGGAGGCGCCAGGUACGAUUCCAGUCAGCGUGGAAACGAAUUUACGAAGAAGCGAUCGCCUUAAAGGCCUUGAACCAGAAUUUGGACUUUAUUACCCACCACCCAGAAAGACAAGGAACCUUGCCUGUAGAACAGGAAACUAAACCUGUCAUCCUGACAUCUGCACAGCCACAAUACAGAAAUCCAUCUGUAUUUAAAGGAGACGUGGGACAGGACCCGAACAAAGGACUUAAGGAA